AUGGCGGCCAACAUGUACCGGGUCGGAGAUUAUGUCUUCUUUGAGAAUUCUUCAAGCAACCCUUAUCUGAUCAGGCGAAUAGAGGAACUAAAUAAGACUGCAAGCGGCAAUGUGGAGGCAAAGGUGGUCUGUUUCUACAGGAGAAGGGACAUCUCACAGAGCCUCAUCCAGCUGGCUGACAAACACGCAAAGGACCUGGAAGAAGAGAAGGAAAGCCCCUCAGAGCCCGACCUCAGUGAAAAACAGAAACAUCAACUCCGCCACAGAGAGCUUUUCCUUUCCCGCCAGUACGAAUCCCUCCCCGCCACACACAUCAGAGGGAAGUGCAGUGUGGCCCUCCUGAACGAGACAGAAGCUGUGCUCUCCUACCUGGAGAAAGAGGACACAUUUUUUUAUUCAUUGGUGUACGACCCCACACAGAAGACGCUAUUGGCUGACAAGGGGGAGAUUCGUGUUGGUCCACGCUUUCAGGCUGAUGUCCCUGAAAUGCUACAGGAAGGAGAACCUGAUGAAAGAGACCAGUCCAAACUGGAGGUGAAGAUGUGGGACCCAGAGUGUCCGCUGACCAGCAAACAGAUUGACCAGUUUCUUGUGGUGGCUCGAGCGGUUGGUACUUUUGCUCGAGCGUUGGACUGCAGCAGCUCCGUCAGACAGCCCAGCUUACACAUGAGCGCCGCGGCAGCCUCACGAGACAUCACACUGUUCCAUGCCAUGGACACCCUGCACCGGCACGGCUAUGACCUCUCCAGUGCUCUGAGCGUGCUCGUUCCUCAAGGAGGGCCUGUGCUGUGCCGGGAUGAGAUGGAGGAGUGGAGCUCAUCAGAGGCAAACCUGUUUGAGGAAGCGCUGGAGAAGUAUGGCAAAGACUUCAAUGAUAUCCGGCAAGACUUUCUUCCUUGGAAGUCGCUGACCAGCAUCAUUGAGUAUUAUUACAUGUGGAAAACCACAGACAGAUAUGUACAGCAGAAACGACUGAAGGCAGCUGAAGCAGAGAGCAAACUGAAGCAAGUCUACAUCCCUACAUACAACAAACCCAAUCCCAACCAGAUCUCUGUCAGUAACGGCAAAAUGGCUACUGUGAAUGGUGCAGCAGGCACAGGGAGUUUCCACACAGCUGGAGGCGGCCGUGCAUGUGAGAGCUGUUUUGCCGUACAGUCUGCUCAGUGGUACUCGUGGGGUCCUCCUAACAUGCAGUGUCGCCUUUGUGUGUCCUGUUGGAUGUACUGGAAAAAGUAUGGUGGCCUAAAGAUGCCAAGCAGAGCUGAGGGGGAAGAGGAAAAAACGCCUCCAAGCCCUGCACCCAGUGAGUUGCGUUCUCGUGGACAUGGCACCCGUCAGUCUUCCCACAUGGUUCCGAUAAGGAACAGCGGCAGCCCCAAAUCCUCCAUGAAGACAAAGCAGGCAUUCCUCCUGCAGGCCACGCGCCUCACCAAGCUGGCGCGUCACAUGUGCCGUGAUCUCAUCAGGCUGCGCCGGGCCGCGCGCCGCCCCUUUGUGCCCAUUAACUGUGGUGCCAUAAAGGCGGAGUAUAUGAUCCGGGUGUCAGAGGGCAUGACAGGGCGACCUAUGAAGCCCAAAUCUUCCCCGAGGAGCACCCUGACCAGCGUCUUGCAGUAUCUCGAGACUCGUCCAGCAACUCAUGUUCAACGGCCUCAUCGCACCCCUGGCCUACAGGUGCAGCCCCCCCGGCGCCUACUUUCCUCUCUUCCCAGCCAUGGCCCACAUGGCAUGUUGGGAAAACGGAGCUACCAUCACCACAGCAGGGUUGAAUCUGCUGAGAGGAGAGCCAGUGCUCCAGGACAAGAAAAUCCAGCCCAUAUUGUGGGACCCAUUCUGCAGCAUAAUGGAAGCAGCACCGGUGCCUCCAACGUUCGUGGCAGUGGCCUGAUGCUCCGCAAGAGACGACCCAACUGGAUCGAUGCUCCUGAUGACAGCUUCUUUCUGGUUUCCCGAGAGACGAGGAAGGCCAGAAGGCUGCUCUCCCGUUCACAGUUAAGAAGAGCAUGCAGACAACCAUGUGAGCAGAUCAGCCUGCGCAGGGUCCCCCAGGGGCCAGCGCAGGUACCUGUCCUGGCGCCCCCUCACCCCAGUUUACGGAUGCGAGGCCCAAUCGUCAUCCACGACUGACCCUCGCCUGCAUUGUUCCCUCAGCCUGUUCUGUCAUUCGCUGCCUAACUCUGCACAGCACAGGCC